UCUCUCUAUACACUCAACAAGUAGCCAGCCACCCACUCUCUCACUGUUUUCUCCACUUUCUCUUCUUCUUGCUCUAGAGAUCUCUCUAUCUCUAUCUUCAUUAUUUUCCUCUCUAGAGGACAUAAACAGUGACAUUCUAUCUGAACGCAUCUAUGGCUGCUCUGGUUCUUUCACUUCCCAUUCUAGCCAUGGCCGGAGACUCUAGUGCGUCAUGGUGUGUGUGCAAAACAGGGCUCAGUGAUUCAGUGCUACAGAAUACCUUAGACUACGCCUGUGGAAAUGGAGCAGACUGUAAUCCCACUCACCCAAAGGCACCUUGCUUUAACCCUGACAAUGUCAGGUCGCACUGCAACUAUGCGGUCAAUAGCUUCUUUCAAAAGAAGGGUCAAUCUCCAGGCAUUUGUGAUUUCAGUGGCACUGCCACUCCAACUACCACUGAUCCAAGCUAUUCAGGAUGUACCUUCCCAACUAGUGCUAGCGGCUCUGGAGGCAGCACCACUGUGACACCAGGCACAACCAAUCCAAAAGGCAGCUCAACCACCACCACAUUUCCUGGUGGCAACAGUCCUUAUUCAGGAACCUCAGCCAAUGGAGGUUUUGGAAACAAUAGCACAGGAGCCACUGGGACAGGGAUUAAUCCAGAUUACUCAAUAGAAAGCAGUGCCUUUGCUCUCGAGAACUCAAGCAAAUUGUUCACUUGCCUUAUCUUGAUCUCUUUAAGUGGAUUAUGUUAUUUCUCGAUGCUGUUCUAAGGGUGUUAACUGUUAA